AUGUGGCUGCUCCGGACCGACAAACUGGAGUUGGUGGAGUUUUCCGAAGAACUCGCCCCGAAAUAUGCGAUCUUGUCGCACACCUGGGGCCCGGAUGAGGUCACGCUCCAGGACGUCCAAGCGAUCAGCCGCAAGCAAUGGUCCCAGUCAGUGUCCCAGACAGCUUCGGCAAUAAAAGCCAAGAAAGGGUUUACCAAGAUAAAGAGGACGCAAGCCCUGGCAGCCAAAAUGGGAUACAGAUACAUCUGGGUCGACACGUGCUGCAUAGACAAGACGAGCAGCGCCGAGCUAUCCGAGGCCAUCAACUCCAUGUACCGUUGGUACCAGAAAGCCUCUGUCUGUUAUGCUUACAUGGAAGACGUCGAAUAUGGCUGUAACGGCAGCGCAAGCGGUCAAUUUUACCUGAUAUGUCAGGGUAGCCGUUGUUUUCGGCGCGGAUGGACGCUGCAAGAGUCAAUCGCCCCAGAAGACGUCCUCUUCUACGGCCGGGACUGGAGUCACCUUGGAAGCAAGGCCAAGGAUGAAGAUGUACGCAUCUCGCUCGCUGCAAUCACGGGAAUCGACGUCCGGGUCCUCGAGGGUAUCGUCCCGCCAAGAGAGAUGACCAUCGCCGCACGCAUGAAAUGGGCAUCGCCUCGCGAGACGACUCGCUCCGAGGAUAUGGCUUACUGUCUCAUGGGACUCUUCGACGUCAACAUGCCUUUGCUGUACGACGAGGGGGCCAAGGCCUUCAUCCGGCUACAAGAAGAGAUACUUAAGGUGUCGGAUGAUCAUUCCAUCUUCAUAUGGACGACGCCCGAGUUUGAGACUCCAAAAGAGGCACUCUCGGGACUUCUAGCCGAAACCCCUAAGCACUUCGCCCACGUCGAAAGCUAUCGGCCAAUGCCUCCGGCACUUUCGCGAGCAAGUAUCGCUUGGAGCUCGACAAAUCAUGGCCUCAGGAUCGCCCUGUCUAUAAUAACAAUCCUGGACAAGGAAGGCAACGAAGUUCAGGCUGAAGUAUGUGCCCCUCGAACUCCAUCUACACGCUACCUUGCCUGGCUUAGCCGGCAGAACCAAUUCCCCAUCCGAGAUAAGCCAAAAUCACUCACAAUUAGCUACCUCUGA